AUGACACGUGAACGUCGUCUGAAUGAUUUCCUUCUGGCUGUUACUAAAUCAAUAUUUCAAGAAUUAGUUAGUAUGGACGCAGUGAUGUUGAAAAUUAUGAGUCAUGCAAAAAAAUUGGUGAAUGCUGAUCGUGCCUCUUUAUUCUUAGUAGACUCAAGAACUAAAGAAUUAUAUGCUAGAAUAUUUGAUAUUGGACGAGAAGAAGAUGACAUUUUAGAUUCACAUCAAAGUUCCUUGGGGAAUAAAGAGUUAAAAGAGAUCAGAUUUCCGAUGGAUAAAGGAAUUGCGGGCUACGUAGCGACGACUGGUAAAACACUGAAUAUAGGCGAUGCGUAUCAGGAUAAUCGAUUUAAUCGAGAAAUCGAUCUAAAAACUGGUUAUAAAACAAAAACGUUAUUAUGUAUGCCAAUUAUGAUCCAGGGAAGUGUUAUAGGUGUUGUACAAAUGGUAAAUAAGAAAAAUGGUCAUUUUACGAAAAGUGAUGAAGAAUCAUUUGAAACUUUUGCCGUUUAUUGUGGAUUAGCAUUACACCAUGCAUCAUUAUAUGAUAGAAUUCGUCGUUCCGAACAAAAAUAUAAAGUGGCAUUAGAAGUAUUAUCAUAUCACGCAUCCUGCUCUAAUAGUGAAUAUGAAAAAUAUAAAAGUUUACCACUUCCAACAAACAUUCCAAAUAUAGAAAGAUUCGAUUUUUCACCAUGGGAUGUAACGAAUGAUCAGAAACCAAUUUAUGUUGUUUACAUGUUUUUGGACCUAGCUAAUGCUGAUGUUUCACACGCGAAUAGAUAUGAUUUUGAAUGUUUAAUGAGAUUUAUUUUAACUGUUCGUAAAAAUUAUCGAAAUGUUCCGUAUCAUAAUUGGUCACAUGCAUUUUCUGUUGCACAUGCAAUUUAUACUGUGAUAAAACAAACAGAUCAUCAUUUUUCUCCAACCCAGUGUUUAGCAUUAUUUGUUGCCUGCUUAUGUCAUGAUCUGGAUCAUCGAGGAAAGACGAACGCAUUCAUGGUGAAAAGUGCGUCAACUUUAGCCUCAAUAUACACAACAUCCACUAUGGAAAGACAUCAUUUUAAUCAAACUGUGACUAUCUUACAGACUGAAAAUCAUAAUAUAUUCAAACAUUUUUCAUCAAAAGAAUAUCGUCUAGUAUUAGACGAUAUUCGACAGUGUAUAUUAGCAACAGAUCUGGUCUUAUUUUUUGAGAAUCGGACAAAAUUAAAUCGACUUUUAGAUCAGCAGCUGUUUGAUUGGAGUAAUACAGAGCAUAGAAAAAGUGUUCAAUCACUAGCAAUGACAGCAGCUGAUUUAUGCGCUAUGUAUAAACCAUGGGCUAUUCAAGAAAAUGUUGUAUCAACAAUUAUGGAUGAAUUUUGGCAAGAAGGAGAUGAAGAGAAACGUCAAGGAAUUGAACCAUUACCGUUAAUGAAUCGUUCAUUAGCUCAUGAACUACCAAAAAAUCAAGUAAACUUUAUCAACGGUAUAUGCAUUCCAUGUUACGAGUUAUUAUCGAAAGUGUUACCCAAUUCAUUACCAAUGUUGGCCGGUGCAAGAAGUAAUCUCCAAAAAUGGCAAGAAUUAGCUGAUGAACAAACAAGAAAUUCCACAACAUCAUCUUCUACUACAACUGCUGCUGUAGUAGAGACAACAACCAGUACUAGUGAGCGUGCAUCAUCUGCUUCAUCAUCAAAUUCAACUCGAUACCAUUCUUUUCAAGCAAGAUGUGGAUUUCGAAAAUAUAAAUGUCAAAAUAAGGAAGAAAAUGAUAUGUUACGAGCGUCGAAACAAGAUCCAUUUAUUGUCAUCACGCGUCCAGAUAAGGAUCAGGGAGUAGUCACUAUGAACAGAACGGAUUAUAAGUCAAAUGGAAUUGAUUCUCAAUGA